GCGCCUCUCUGCGGAGCUACGUACACAGGCGAUUCGGGAACAUCCCGGCUGCAGUCUGCAAGCGCGGUCCGGCUCCGCUCGCCCCUGCCCUGAACGCUGACGCGCCCCGCCCGCCAGGAGUCAGGUUCAGACGGGCGAUGGCUUCUCGGCAACUGCGGAGCAGCGCCCCCUGGCGUCCCUCUCAGCACGCGGACGAGCGGCAUGGCGAGGGGAGAGAAGAAAGCUUUGCAAAGUGACAGCAAAGCCUUGGGAGAUGAACUGACGUUUGCAGCCAUUGAAUUGCGAUUUUCCUUCUUGCAGCGGUUCCCCACCUCUCCUUCCUCCCAAGCACACGCUGUCACCUCGCCGGUCUCUCGUUUGGCUUGGUUCCUAAGGCAGUUUGGUUGCAGGGCUUUACGCUGCACCCCCCCCCCCCCUUUCCUCCCUGCCUUUGAAUCUGAAUUGGUUUGUUUUGCAGUUAAAGCCUUUCCUUUGAUUUCUCUCUCCCCCCCCCCCCCCAUCCUUUUCUGCUGCGGGCAGGAGGCUCUUGCUUAGCUGGGGAUCGCAUUUCCCAUCUCUCCUUCGCAGCCAGAAACUUCGGAGCAGGCGGAGCCGCAGCUUCGACUCGACUGAUCCUUGGAAAAUUACGACAGGUUUUGAGGAGUUUUGGCUUCUGGUGGACUUGCAGAUUUUGAGAGAUCUGUACGGAGCAGUAGAGCUGCCUUUGAGAAAACCAGAGUGCUUCCAUCUUCUUCAUCUCGACUUCCAUUGAGUAGAGAAUGACCAUGAGUCCUGCCCUGUCUUUGUUCCUCCCUCUUGGAUGUUUACUGGUUUUGAUGCACGAAGCGCAAGGCUUUUUCUUGCCCAAUGGCACGCAGUUCGAGAGCAUUUUGAGCAGAUAUCACUCCAGAGCCAAGAGAGCCAUUCCAAGGUCAGACAAAGAGGAGAUUUUGAUGCUUCAUAACAAGCUGAGAGGUGAAGUCUAUCCUUCAGCCUCCAACAUGGAAUAUAUGACCUGGGAUGAUGAGCUGGAAAGAUCUGCUGAGGCUUGGGCCCAUGAGUGCAUCUGGGAUCAUGGACCUGCCAGCCUCAUUAUGUCCAUUGGUCAGAAUUUGGCUGUUCACUGGGGCAGGUAUCGUUCUCCAGCCUUCCAUGUCCAAUCUUGGUACGACGAAGUUAAAGAUUAUACUUACCCAUAUCCCCACGAAUGUGACCCUUGGUGUCCAGAAAGAUGCUCUGGAGCAAUGUGCACACACUAUACCCAGAUCGUUUGGGCCACAACAACCAAGGUUGGCUGUGCUGUAAACGUCUGCAAACAAAUGAGUGUUUGGGGAGAAAUCUGGGAGAAUGCCGUCUACCUGGUCUGCAACUAUUCUCCCAAAGGGAACUGGAUUGGAGAAGCUCCUUAUAAAAAUGGCAGGCCCUGCUCUGAAUGCCCACCUAGCUAUGGAGGAAGCUGCCAAAACAACCUCUGUUACAAAGAUGACCACUACGCACAAAAGCCUGAGCGGGAUGAGACUAAUGAAGUGGAGGUCCCACAAAUCAUAGAGGAAAAACACGUGUGGGUGCAAGAACGGGUGACCAAACCCACCAAAUCAACCAAGAUCAAGAAAAUCACCACAACCGUGGACAGUUUCAUGACACAGGUCAUUAAGUGCGACACCAAAAUGAGGGACAAAUGCAAAGGAUCAACAUGCAACAGGUAUCUGUGCCCAGCUGGCUGCGUUAACAGCAAGGCAAAAAUCUUUGGAACAUUCUAUUAUGAGACUGCAUCCAGUAUAUGUCGCGCUGCAAUUCAUUAUGGCGUCAUAGAUGAUAAAGGAGGUCUGGUUGACAUCACUAGGAAAGGGAGAUCACCCCUUUUUGUCAAGUCGACAAGAAAUGGCAUUGAAUCUUUAAGUAAAUAUAAACCUUCAAAUUCAUUCAUGGUUUCCAAAGUCACAGUGCAGACACUGGAUUGUUACACCACCGUAGCUGAACUGUGUCCUUUCAAAAAGCCAGCAACUCAUUGUCCAAGGGCUUACUGUCCAGCCCACUGUAAAGCUGAGCCAGCAUACUGGGCACCAGUCUUUGGCACCAAGGUUUAUGCAGAUAAUUCCAGUAUCUGCAAAACGGCCGUGCACGCUGGAGUCGUUAAAGAUGAGAGUGGCGGUUACGUGGAUGUAAUGCCUGUGGACAAGAAGAAAAAUUACAUUGGCUCCUUGAAGAAUGGCGUCCAAUCUGAGAGCUUGAAGAGUCCCAGCGAAGGGAUGGCUUUCCGAAUUUUUUCCGUGAAGCAGUAAAUUCCCCGGGAAGGUGCAAGUUUCUUCUGGAGAACAAUCCACUGAUCUUGAGGGACAGCAAAGUUCAUUUGAUGGCAUCUGCUCUGAACACAUUCUCCUUGCCGAUUUCUUUCAGGGAAGAAAGAUUCUGACUCAACUGUCCACGUCACAUCUGCACCAGUUCAGCGUUUUGUUUUUUGUAAACUCUAGGGCAUUCAGACUGUUGUAACUUCAAAUUCCAAAAGCGGUGUGCUGAACAGCUUGAGUGUGGAUUCAUUUACAACAAACAUCGGAACCCUGGCUGGUCCACAGAUAGUGUUUUAGGUCUUGAAGUACCUGCCCCAAUGGAAGUAUCAACACAUGGUUGGCAAGGUGGAAUACAUAGUGAAAUAUUGUGUGGAUGGGGGGCCCUUUAAAACAUAGUUUUAAAGCUGCUCCUUUUGUGGGGUGGGGCAUACGACUUCUUUGGAACUGUUUGUAUGGCAGGGUUGGCUUUUCUGUUUUAAAAGCAAAACCUUCGUGUUUACCUAAUCAGCUCGCAUGUGCAUAGGAAACGUUGAGUCAGAUCUGUGGCAUAUUGCAUUAGGUCAAGUGGUGUCAUGAUGUAACAUGAGGUCGGAUGUCCGUGGCUGCCUGAAGGACUCUUGGAGAUGAGGUUGUCUGAAAAAUGUGGUGAAAAUAAGAAAAGGUGAUGACGAUCCCCACCCCUGAGAAACAAGGACCCCAGCCAACCAAAAAUGGGGCGUUGGUGUUUGCUGGCCAAACAUUAGCAGUUAGUUAGGAAUUUGGGUUUCCUAUGAGAAGUUGUGGAAUUAGCACUCCUGUCCUGGCACAUCUCUGUAUUAUGCUACACACCGGGUUUUUUUUUUAUUUACAGUUAAAUGCAAUUUAUUGUUGUAUACAGCAGUGCUGGUUUUGUCUGUAGUAGUUAAGCAGUGAUAAAAAGUUAAUCUUAUUUUUGUUAGAAAUGGGUGCAACUAUAUAAAGUAUGUUCACUUUAUCUUUAUGAAGAUUUUUUGUACAGUUCUGAGGAUUUAAAUAUACGGCAUGGGGUUGGAUUGUUUGCUUGCAUACAAUCGAUAGCAUAUAGUGAUCUUAGCUUCCAACAUGAUUUCUGUGUCUGAGAGCAUCUGGAAUCAAAAGUGUUGUGUUUUUAAAACUUAUAGGUCUUCUAAUGAAUUUAUAUUUAAUAAUUUGAGUCACACUGCUCCGAACAGCUGUUUAAAUACAUUGCAUAGAAUGGUUUAGAAGGAAUUAAAACUAGUCACAAAAUCAGCCUAGUAUGAAACUGCCCUGUAAGAUAAGAUAGCAAUCUUGUGAUUUAUGGCUGAAGCUAAUUUGUUCACAACUUUUAGGGGGUUAUUAGAAUUGGUCUAAGCACAAAACUAUUUUUCCCUUAAUGGUCAGACAUACAGUAACUUACAUUACAUUACAAGGCAACAUAAUCUUUAUCUCUUUGGUUGAUGUAAAAAGAUAUCCCUUCACUCUGUAACUCGAUUUUAGUAUGUAACAUAUGAGGAAUAUUUCACUUACUGUUACAAUUAUUUAGCCACUCUAUCUGGCAGAUGUUUCAUGGCUUUCCAUAGCCUUCCGAUGUCCAGGCUAUGUUUAAAUUAAAUUAAAGAGGGAUAGGAAAACCAGCUAUAAACCUAUUCCAAAAUGUAGACCAAUAGCAUUAUAUGGAUAAGCACUUAUUUUAUUUAAUUUUUAAACUCCAUGAAAUCAGCACGGAAAUUACAUUUGUCAGUCCCUUUGUUUCAUAACUGAGGUUUCCUUUCCUUGUGAAAUCUGAGUUUAAAAAGAGACCUUUCAUAACUGAGCAGGUUUGCUCGUUUUCGAGAAGUUACACACAGCAAACCUAUUUUUGGAAUGGCUCUGGUAAACACCUAGUCUUUAUUUAUUUAAUGUGGUCUUCUAAGGUAUGUUGUGUUUGCUUUAUAGUAAGGAAAACCAGUUACAUUUUCAAGGUAAAUUUAUGUGACAAAUAGCUGGAAUGUGUCUUUAAAAAGUGCCUGUUAGGAAAUGACUGAAAUCUUGGCAGUGAGUUAAGUCAGGUUCCUUGUUUUGCCUAUUAUGAAUGAUAACAUUGGAAACAGGCUAGUUUAAUCCCACCACAUUUUGAAGUAUGAAUCUGUGGCCUCCACAGGCCAAAUAGGAGUUACACCUUCAAUAGCUGAGGAUAGAACUGGAAAAAUGUAAUAAGGAUCAAUCAAUUGUCCACUGAAGUCAGUGGCAGCCUUUCCAUUGAAUUCAUGGGUGUUGGAUUGGGCUCAUGUUUAGUUCUAUUGUACAUCCCAGUCAAAGUAGAACAUCACUGCUCCAUUACCCUGUUUGUGAGAAUCAGUCAUCUUGUAGAAGGAGGGAAAGAAAUCUGGACUGGAAUAACAGGAAAAUCUGAGAAUCACCAAGAAGCAUAUGUACAAAUUCAAAUGACCAAGAAUUUAUCUUUCUUACAAAAGAGGAAGGUGAAAAACAUAAAAAGUGAAGUUGUGAAUAUAAAAUAAAUGAUAUCCUCAUUCUAUACCUUGAAUUAUCUACUGCCAAACAAUUUGGAUUUUCAGAAACUGGUAUUAGCGUAAGUCUGUGUCUCUGGUUAGUUUUAUAGGUGCUGUACAACAGAUAAAUCAGGAUUUUGAGGAGCAACCAUUCUUUGAGGUUCUGGGUGCUAUUAGUUAAAUAAUAUCUCUAUCGUAUUUAGGAAGGGUUACAUCCUGCCUGGCAUUAUUAAGGCAUAUCUUUAGUUGUGUUCAAUUGUAUAUACCAGCUGCCCAUAUUUAGGAGGAACAGGCUCUGUUUUUAGCCAAAUAUAUACUGAUUUUACAUCCGUCUUUUCAAGCAUUUUUCAAUCUAAUAUGUUUCAAUAGAGCUUCUAGGGGCAGUGUCCCCUUGUCUUUAUAUUAUCAAAUGCCCUGAUUCAGCAAGGUUCUUAAGAAUGUGCCUCACUUUAGGCAUGUGAGUAGCCUCACUGAUGUCAAGGGGGUCAUAUUUUUAAAGGUCUUUAGGUGCCUACCACUGAGCUCAACAGGCAUUAGGCGCCUAAAUACCUUGGAAAAUCUGGGCCUAAGGGAUCCAGUAGUUAAGCACCUCGCUGAAUUGAGGCCUCAUAGGCUUUCAUUGCUGGCGAGUAAGUUUCAUUUCAACACCAAUAUAAUCAACCAGAAACAUCAUGUCACACAAUUGCCACUGAAAAGAAUCUGGUUCCACAUGCUGGAUUUCCAGAGAACAUAACAAGUUUCGUUGGGAAACUUUGCAGAGUUACUGCAGUGCUUUCCUGAAUCAGGGCCCCACGAGUAGUCCCACUGGAGUUAAUGUGCAUUGGAAGCAAUCUAGGGCAUAGUACCUGAAGUCAAUGGGACCAUUAACACAGUAAAGUGCUACUGAGCAUGAGUUUGUGUGUCAGAAUUUGGCCCCCAUUUUGAUUUUUUCAUUAUGCGGAGUGUGGAUACAGGAGAACAACAAAGAGGGGAAAAACCCCACUAAAAUAUAAGAAGUCACUUUGGUUUUUAUUUUAGUGUCACACUAAAAUUUUAAGGCAAUUGAUGUUGGGAAUUAGAUCAUUUGAAACCCCUCUCUAGUAACUGCAUUUCUGUUGCUCUUACCUGGCUUUGAAGCAGCUAUUGAGUUGAAUAGCUAUUGACCGUAGGCUGCCUCAGCCUGCAGUUUAUGUAUUUGCUUUUUUUCUAUGAAAAACGGGUUUUUUGUUUUUACUACUUCCUGUGUACAAAAGUUUAGUGUAAAUGGGUUUUGCCUUUGCAUGAUCUUUACGGGGCUGUCUUUUUGUUUAUAAAACAAUAUUUUUUCUAAAUACAAAACUGUUAAAUAUCUUUGUUUUGUUUUCUGAAUUGUGAAAUAAAACCCAUACCAAAAACAGA